UAUCAUGGUACUCCAUUGCACUGUGCUAUGAAAACUGGUAAUGUUGAUAUUAUAAAAUUAGUAAUAACUAAAGGAAAUGCUCAUGUGAAUGCUGUGGAUAAGGACAACAGUACUCCAUUGUUUAUUGCUGUUAAGAGUGGUAGUAUUGAAGCUGUUGAUAUUCUAUUAACUAAUGGAGCUAGAACUGAUGUUGUGUCUGAAGGAAGUUUUAGUGCUGGCAUUAUUUAUUGUGGUACUCCAUUGCACUGGGCUAGUGAAACUGGUAAUGCUGAUAUCAUCAAAUUAUUAAUAACUAAAGGAAAGGCUGAUGUGAAUGCUGUGGAUAGGGACAACAGUACUCCAUUGUUUAAUGCUGUUAAGAGUG